GAGAGAUGCAUAGAUGCAUAGGGGUGUGUCUUAACAAUUAGUUCUUCAAGGAAGUGCAGCACAAAAUAUCUUGAAACAGAUUCACAGACAAAGCGUAGCAGAGAGACAGAAAACAGACUUUUGUUUUGUUUCCCUUUUACAUUGUGAGCAGAGGGGGAUCCAUGUAACUUAAUGCUGAAUACCUGAUCCAAGCCAGAGAGGAACCAGAACUUCAGAGGAGGGAGGGAGACCCACAAAAACUCAGGUUCCAGUAAGUGAGCAAGCAUGAAGUCAGAAUAAGUGUUCAUAUGACAACUAUGGAGACGUUCAACUCCAAGGAUAUGGCCAUGAAGGCACAGAAGAAAAUCCUCAGUCACAUGGCCAAUAAAUCCGUUGUUCAUAUGUUUAUUGAUGACACCAGCAGUGAGAUUCUGGACGAACUCUACCGGGUCUCCAAGGAGUACACAGGAAACCGCACAGAGGCCCAGAAAGUGAUAAAGGACCUGAUCAAGGUGGCUGUAAAAGUUGGUGUCCUCUUCCGCCACAACCGUUUCAAUGCUGAAGAGAUGAAACUGGCCCAGGACUUCAAGAAGAAGUUACAUCAGGGAGCCAUGACUGCCAUCAGUUUCUAUGAGGUGGAAUUCACCUUUGACCAGACAGUGAUUUCAGAGAUCUUGACAGAGUGCAGGGACAUACUACUCAAGCUGGUGGAGAAGCAUCUCACGCCAAAAUCCCUUGGACGCAUCAACCACGUUUUUAAUCAUUACUCUGACCCAGAGCUGCUGGCCUCCCUCUACAGUGCGGAGGGGCCCUUCCGCCCCAACCUCACCAAAAUAUGUACCGGCCUUAACAAGCUGGUGGAGGAGGACAAGCUAUGAGUUGGUUGACAUUCACGGGACUGAAUGCCUGACUGUGGGUGGACCUGCUCAGAACUGUGUACCAGGGAUGAGUAAGCAACAUUACCUAAAAAAGAUUAAAGUCUAAACAACAACUGGCUUUGAACAACUCACACACAAAUCCAACCACAUUAGAUGUGACACCCAUGCUAAAUUGUCUUACUAUAAGGCGAUUUUGUCCCACCCAGUCUGCUGGAUUUGAAGAUGAGGUUAGCACUCUAAGUGGUUUAUUUCACAUGACAUCCAUGCACAUUCAGCUGAAGAGUAGUUAUUUCAGUGUUAUAUGAAGAGACAUCAAUUUUUUUUGUGUUUGUCUGAGGGAUUAAAAUUCUGUUUUACUGGACACUGUAAGAAUUCCAAGCAGGAUCCGGACAAUUUCAGCCUGUGAUUUUUGGGCCAGAAGAGAAUUUCCGUCCUGCAUUUUCUGUACACAAAACCUUCCACUUCCUUGUGUGAAUGUGUCCCUGUGUAUGACAUUCCCCAGGAUAAAUAACUGAACAAAAAUUAUUAAAAUGGAACAGAGAAGACUGAACUGUAACCAAGGUAAUACAACAUUAUUAUUAUUAUUAUUAUUAUGCAUAAUAAUAGCAAUGAUCAUAAUAAACACAUGGAAUAUUUAUUAUUACUGAAAACUGUAAGUGUAGAAUUGUCAUUUCACUGAAUGAUUGGGUUUCAUUACUAUAUAUAGUAUAUAUAUAUAUAUAUAUAUAUA